UUGUUAGCUUCCUAUACCAUAGGAUCUUAGUCGCUUCCGAGGAAAUUAGGGUUUCUGCAGCUUCAUCUUUCAGGAUAGGGUGUGGCUGAAUUGAUAGAAACAGAAGAUGAGUAAGCUUCAGAGUGAUGCUUUGAGAGAAGCCAUCUCAAUCAUCAAAGGGAAAUGUGAGGAGAAGAAACGUAACUUUGUGGAGACAAUUGAGCUUCAGAUUGGUCUGAAGAACUAUGAUCCUCAAAAGGACAAGCGUUUCAGUGGCUCUGUCAAGCUUCCUCACAUUCCUCGCCCUAAGAUGAAGGUUUGCAUGCUUGGAGAUGCCCAGCAUGUGGAGGAGGCUGAGAAGAUGGGUUUGGACUACAUGGAUGUUGAGGCCUUGAAGAAACUCAACAAGAACAAGAAGCUCGUCAAGAAGCUUGCUAAAAAGUAUCAUGCUUUCUUGGCUUCUGAAUCUGUCAUUAAGCAGAUUCCCCGUCUUCUUGGUCCUGGUCUUAACAAAGCAGGAAAGUUCCCAACUCUUGUAUCCCACCAAGAGUCAUUGGAAUCAAAGGUGAACGAGACGAAAGCCACGGUCAAGUUCCAGCUGAAGAAGGUUCUAUGCAUGGGAGUUGCUGUUGGAAACCUUGCAAUGGAAGAGAAGCAGAUCUUCCAGAAUGUUCAGAUGAGCGUAAACUUCCUCGUCUCCCUCCUCAAGAAGAACUGGCAAAACGUUAGGUGUUUGUAUCUAAAGAGCACCAUGGGCCCACCCCAACGUAUCUUCUGAGUUUUUCUUCAUUGGCGAAGUGAUUAUAAGCAGUUCUGGUUUGCUUUUGUUUACAUCUUUGGAACAGUGAAGGAGAUCUUGUCUUAUGUUUUGUUUUUUCACAAAGUUUUGAUGAAUCAUAUGAUUGCAGUGGCUUACAUUUAGUUUAGAAAAUAGUGUUUA